AUGUGGAUAUUGUCUCUCAUAGUCAUCAGCUUAAGGAUAUGGUGUCGACGAACAGCGAAGCAAUUAGGCGUCGACGAUGCCCUUAUUCUUGCUGCAAUGGCUGUCAACACAGGCUGGUUUUAUACGCUGAUUAUGUACGCGAAAACGAAAUAUGCCGGAAUCCACUACUGGGACGCGCCCGAACUCACGUACGACCAACAAGCCACCUCGAAGCUGUACGAAUGGCUCAUUAUCCUAUUGUAUCACCCCGUCCUCGGAUUCGUCAAGGCGUCUGUCCUCUGCUUCGACCAAAAACUCAUAGGCAUCAAGAAGCCGAUCCGGUACACCGUCUAUGCUCUCCAGGCUAUCAACGCCGGCUCCAUGAUUUCCAUAUUCUGCGUAACGCUCUUUCAGUGCAAUCCCAUCUCCCUCAACUGGACACCGAACUAUAAGCGAGCCUGCAUUAACAAUAUUGCUUUCAACUAUGCGUACAACAGCAUCGUCAUCAUCACUGACGUUGCUGUCUUGGCCGUGCCAUUCUGGGCGUUCAUGGGUCUCCAGAUGCCCAUUCGCUUGAAGAUCGCUCUUCUUGGUGUCUUUGCGCUCGGAAUUAUCGUCACUGUCAUCUCUUGCGUCCGCCUCAUCCUCUUGGUCAACUGGUUCAACCAGUUCUACAAGGGCCUCGGUUCUAAGGACAUCUACUAUUCUGUCGGUUGGACCAUCUCCCCUAUCGAGAGCAACCUCGCUAUUGUCGCCGCCUCCAUGCCCGCACUUUGGCCCAUGUUCCGACGAAUGUUCCCCAACUUCUUCUCCGGCCUCAACAGCUCGUCGUACCCAGCCAACAGCGCUGCGCCAAGAAGCAACAAACGUGCGACGGGAUUCCGCUCGCAGCUAAGCCGACCCACGGGCGCCACGCGCAUUACCGAUGAUGAUGACACUUUCGUGAUGAAAACCAUGAGCGCAAAUGUCCAUGCGGAUGGCAGAGCUUCCACGCCCACGGGUUCGCAGGAUGGCAUCAUCGAUUGCAAGAACGGAAUUAUGCGUACAACCAACGUCGAGGUCGAGUAUGAGCUGCAAGCCAGGAGCGACAAGGAAGAGUACGAUAAGAAGAAGGUGGCAUACGCCGUGUAG